GCUGCGUCUGCUGCCAUGCCUGAGCCGGCCAAGUCCGCUCCCGCGCCCAAGAAAGGCUCCAAGAAAGCGGUGACCAAGACCCAGAAGAAAGGAGACAAGAAGCGCAAGAAGAGCCGCAAAGAGAGCUACUCCAUCUACGUGUACAAAGUGCUGAAACAAGUGCACCCCGACACGGGCAUCUCGUCUAAGGCCAUGGGCAUCAUGAACUCUUUUGUCAACGACAUCUUUGAGCGCAUCGCCGGCGAAGCCUCUCGCCUGGCGCACUAUAACAAGCGCUCCACCAUCACCUCGCGGGAGAUCCAGACGGCCGUGCGGCUGCUUCUGCCCGGCGAGCUGGCCAAGCACGCUGUGUCCGAGGGCACCAAGGCUGUCACCAAGUACACCAGUUCCAAGUAA